AUGGCUGCGAAAAGUGUGCAUGGCGUUGAACGUGUUCGUUCUAAAUUGGAAACUUGCAUUAACUCUGGAAAUUAUUAUGAAGCUCAUCAGUUAUAUAGAACAUUAUACUUUCGAUAUCUCAGCCAAGAGAAAUAUACAGCUCUUCUUGACCUUUUAUGUGAUGGUGCAUUGGUCUUAUUAAAACAUGAUCAGCAAUCCAGUGGAGCUGACCUAGCUAUUCUUUAUGUUGAAGUACUAGUCAAGUCAACAACUAAACCAGGGGAAGCAUAUUUCUCUACUUUAGCAAAUUUAUUUCAAAUGAUUAAUUCAGAGAUACCUGAAAGAGAGACUUUUUUAACAAUGGCUUUAAGAUGGUCUGUAACAGGAUCAGAAAUUUAUAAAAGUGGCCAUCCUCAAUUGCAUCAAUUUAUCGCUGAAAUAUUUUGGAAAGAAAAAAAUUAUGUUUUGGCUAGGUACCAUUAUUUACAUUCUUCUGAUGGGCAAGGCAAGUUAAAAUUUCAAAUUGAACUUCAUAUAUUAAAGGGCUAUCAAAGCGAAGUUGAUCUAUUUAUAGCUCAAGCUGUGCUUCAGUAUUUAUGUUUGCAAAAUAAAAAUACAGCUGCAGUUGCUUUUAAUAGUUAUACAACUCAGCAUCCUAACAUAAAAACUGGUUUCCCAUAUCUUUUACCAUUAUUGAAUUUUAUUUGGUUUUUAUUAAAGGCUGUCGAAAGUGGUAAGUUAACUGUAUUCACAGUGUUGUGUGAAAGAUAUCAGCCC